CAGCAUCUCUUGGUCUGAAAGCCCAUCCGAGUACAUCAGACAGCCCCUCUCUCAACAAUUUCCAACUUCCCACAAGUAGAGCAGAAUAAACUAUGUUCAGAAGAGCCCCUCGGAAUCACCCUUGUUCUGAGAUUUUGGGAAGAGGGGUAAAGAUAGACUGCUUAGGGAGGACAGAGCGGAGAGCGAGCCAGGGAUUUCCUGGGAACUCUGCUGGAGAAGGGCAUGCUUAAGGGGCACAUCCGCGGGGAGGGUGAGUCGAACUGGGUUACAGUUCCCUCCGACUUGGGCCCCUGGUUUCGUAAAUCAGAAGCGCCUAUUUCCCGUCUACCCCACUCCAGUCGCGAUCCCAGUAGCUCCCUCCUUUUCCUCCUCUCUCCGCCCGCGGACUCACUCCCUCAGAGAAAGGAUGGAGACCCAGGGGGUUGGGGUGCAUGGGGAGGGGCGGAAGGUGAACGCCUUCAACUUGAACUGCUCUUUUUCCUGAAAAAGUCCGCCGAGCAGCCAGUCCAACCCCCUGAAGUGAAGGAAAAGGAAAAUGGGGAGAGGAAGGGAAGACUAGGGAGCAGUCCAGCAGAGGGCGGGGAGUGGAGGUCAGCACGGGAACUCCUCUCCCUCCCUGCCCACCUUGUGCUGGCUACUCCCUGGCUCUGAGACCAAUCCCAGGAGAACUCUACAACGCAAGAAGGCAGCCCCACGGAGCUCCCCCGGCCUGACGGGAUGCGGACUUCAAACGGGAUGGUCCUCUGGCUGUUGCUCCUGUUCUCAGCCGCCUCUUCGGGGCUGCUGUUUGCCUUUUACUAUUCAGCCAAGCAUUUGACCAACAUCCCCGCGCGAGAAACCAGGAGCAACACAUCUGUAUCUUAUUCUAUCAAAACUGAACUACCUGAGCCUUUGACUAGAAAGCACGAACCCUGCAAUCACUCACUGGUCCUUGCCACUCAACAACACUACCUUUUCAAGGAUAAGUUUAACUUCACUGUCCCAGUGCUGCUAUACGGCAAGCUCUUCACCCAAGAGCUCUGGGAGCGACUGAAUCAGCAGAGUGCUCCCUAUGGCUGGCAAGGGAUUUCCUACCAAGAUAUAGUUUCCACCUUGAGUCUCCUGAAUACCUCAAUCAGUGCUCAGCUGUUUGAUCACUCAACAACACAACACACGGGCUGCAUUCGAUGUGCUGUUGUGGGCAAUGGGGGUAUCCUCAAUGGGUCCCGCCAAGGUGCGCAGAUUGAUUCCCAUGACUUCGUCUUCAGGCUCAAUGGAGCUGUGAUCAAAGGCUAUGAGAAAGAUGUGGGCACCAAGACUUCAUUCUAUGGUUUCACUGUGAACACAAUGAAGAACUCCCUGAAAGCCUACAAGCAUCUGGGCUUCACUUCAGUGCCCAAACACCAUGACCUGCACUAUAUCUUCAUUCCUUCAAAUAUCCGGGACUACCUGAUGCUAAAGUCAGCCAUUCUGGGUGUGCCUGUCCCUGAGGGCCAUGACAAAGGAGAUAAGCCACAGACCUAUUUUGGACCAGAUGCCUCUGCGAGUAAAUUCAAGCUGCUCCAUCCAGAGUUCAUCAGCUACCUGAAAGAGAGGUUUUUGAAAUCAGAACUCAUCUAUAAAAAAUAUGGGUACCUGUACAUGCCUAGUACUGGGGCCCUCAUCUUGCUGACAGCUUUGCAUACUUGUGACCAGGUCAGUGCCUAUGGGUUCAUGACAAGCAAUUAUCAACAAUUUUCUGAUCAUUAUUAUGAACAAAAAAAGCGGCCUGUGGUGUUUUAUGUCAAUCAUGAUCUGCGCUUAGAAAGCAAUCUGUGGAAGAAUUUGCACGAGGCAGGCAUUAUGCAUCUAUAUCAGCGCUGAAUCCAAAGCCAAGCCAAGUCAAGCAAUAACAAACAAGAUCAGCAUUUCCUUACAGUCACUUAAGAAUUAACAGAUGGUUUGCAGGAGCAUUAUCUUGAAAUUGAAAAAUGCCCUACUCUAAAAUGGAAAUGAAAAAUAUACAACAUGCAGCCACAGUUAGGCAACUGCCAUGCCUUGCUGCUGAUUCUCCUGCAUUUUAAAGCAGGUAGUAGGUGCUAUACUCAUUUGGAAAUGAGAAAAUGACAUAUCAAACCCCUCUUUCCCUCACAAUAAUACAAAAACCAUAAAAAAAUUUCUUAAAAUACAAAAUUUCAAGAACAAUUCAAGAAUCAUUCAAUAAGUUAACAGCAGGUCUCUAAGAAUAACAUCAAUUCCUGCAAGAUUAAUUUCUGUCCAAUAGGGAGGGGAGGGGAGGCACUCCCACCUGAAGAAUGGGUGGAUAAUUGUAAUUUGAAACAUUUUCCCACUAUAAUUACAUAAAUAUUAAAUAAUCUUUUUCUUUUGUCUUUUUUGCUAUCGUGUAAGAAGACAGAGAAUCUGGUGGAAAAGGGGAAUGAGGGUGGAAGUUAGAAAUGUGAAAAUCACAACUAGCAUCCAAGAGUCCUUUCAAGUUUCUCAUUUUUAGAUUUUUUUGGUAGCCAAUUAUAAGGAUAACUAUUUGCCUGCCAACCCUGUUGCAUAAAGCAAAAACUAUUAUAAUUAUUGGCAGUCAGAACUGAGUGUCUUCCAAUAACUGGCAUCUAAGAAGCACAUUCAGAAAGUCUAUGUUGAAUGGGAAAGUUUCUCAUACUAACCUAAAUGGUUACAAAUCUUACUGAGCCUUCUUAAUAAUGCUAGUAUUUCCCACUUUGCUGUUAAUAAUG